GGAGGCGGGACUUCCCUCCCGGAAGUGACCACGUGCUUCCGCCUUAGCCUACCUGGUCGCACGGUGAGUUUCGAGUGUUUGCCCGAAGUUGGGGACACUGCGGGCAUUGUGACAGGCCGCGGGCCGUGGACUAGGAGGCCAGAAGGAGCUCUCUUCCACGGUGCAGGGCUGAGAUGGAUCCGCUCAGGGCACAGCAACUGGCUGCGGAGCUGGAGGUAGAGAUGAUGGCUGAUAUGUACAACAGAAUGACCAGUGCCUGCCACCGGAAGUGUGUGCCUCCCCACUACAAGGAAGCAGAACUGUCCAAGGGCGAGUCUGUGUGCCUGGACCGCUGUGUCUCCAAGUACCUGGACAUCCACGAGCGGAUGGGCAAGAAGCUGACAGAGUUGUCUAUGCAGGAUGAAGAGCUGAUGAAGAGGGUGCAGCAGAGCUCCGGGCCGGUGUGAGGCCCCAGACAGUGUACACCCCAAGGACCUCCAUGUGCACUGUGUCCUCCUCUUGGCGGGCUGAUAAAUCCUACUGAUUCAGACAUGGGAAGCUGUCUUCAGAUCAGACUACAAGCAUGCUGACCUCCGGUCUCGAUCAGAUCCCCUCCCCAGUGAUAUGUUCGCAUGGCACCCUACGACUCUCUUCCUUAGCACCUCCUUUGGAUGCAGUUACACCACCUGUGUAAUCACUCGAUUCCUCUAUACCUCUGUCCCAUUGGACUUUGCAUUCUGAGGGUAAGGUCUGUAUCCUGCUCACCAUCGAAUCCCUAGUGCCCAAAACGUGAAGGUGUGUGUGUGUUUGAGAUAUAAAUUCCACAUAUCAUAAAAUUAAAUAUUUUAUUUUUUUUAAGAUUUUAUUUAUUUAUUUAAGAGUGUGUGAGAGCAUG